UUGGUGGGGCACGUUAGUUGUGGAAAAGAAAUUAUUCAUGUAACGCCAUUGACUUGCUUGCUCCAAGUAAGUCUUUGGCACCAUUUUUUAUACUUUUCAUUUCCAGGCCUCAAAAUUGGUAAACAAGGGCUCUUUCUCAUUACAAGUUUACAACGAUGAUGUCCCACUCUCUUUACCUGUUCUUGCUCACCUCUAUAUUUUCAACAGCCCAAAUCAGCAGCGCCUCCACGCCGGCCUACACCGCCACGGAGUUGAUCCUCCUCAACUGCGGCGCGUCGACAAUCGCAAACGACACCAGCCUCCGGAGUUGGGACAGCGAUACCAGUUCAAGAUACAUGCCAUUAAACGCCGCCUCCAUAUCUUCAGCUUCCGAAGCUUCCACUAUGGACCCUUCGGUUUUUCCAGUCCCUUACCAGACUGCUCGUCUCUUCCAUUCCCCUUUCACAUACACUUUUCCGCUCACCACAGGCCAGAAAUUCCUCCGCCUUUACUUCUACCCCGACGCCUACUCCGACUAUAACACUUCUCAAUCACUUUUCUCUCUCACUGCAAAUGAUUUCACUUUAUUAACAGACUUCAGCGCCUUUUUUUAUUCCAAGAACAAUUCACUUCCUUCUUUCUGCAAAGAGUUCAUCAUUAACAUCGACCAACAGCAGCAGAGACUGACACUAACAUUCUUCCCGAAUCCAUAUUCCUUUGCUUUCGUCAACGGGAUUGAAAUCGUUUCAGGUCCGGAUAAACUCUACUUCAAGGGAAACGAUGUGCCAAUCAGGGACGUAUAUCUCAACGGCGUGACGUAUCUGCAAAACAAUACGGCUUUGGAAAAUCUUCACCGGCUCAACGUCGGCGGCGCCGCCGUUGGAAUUGCAAAUGACAGCGGCAUGUUCCGGGGGUGGUCCCCAGAUGAUGAUUUCAUAUUCGGAGCGGACUACGGUUACACGCCUCACCUCGAGAAUACUGAGAUCAAGUACACGCCGGAAACCCCUCCUUACAGUGCGCCGCCGAUCGUGUACACGUCUGCGAGAGUGAUGUCGAACACCAACAUAAGUUUGGAGUGGGGAUUCCCUGUGGAUUCUGGGUUUUACUAUCUCCUCAGACUCCAUUUCUGCGAGUUCACGCUCGACGUCACCGAGAAAAACCAGAGGGUGUUAACCGUUGCAAUCAAUAAUCAGAUGGCUGAGAUCAAUUUCGACGUCAUUACUUGGGCCGGCGGCCCUGAUAUUCCCAUCUUCAGAGACUACAUAACAUGGGUUCCUGAUGACGGCCGUCACAGAAAGCAAGACCUGCGGCUUUCUUUGUUUCCGAUGGUAGAGGUAAAUCCGAAGUAUGCGAGUGCUCUGUUGAACGGUUUAGAGAUAUUUAAACUCAGUGAUGCGAAACGGAGCCUUGCAGCCGCCAACCCGGACCUCACGGUGGAUUCUUCGACACCGGAUGUGCCGCCGCCGCUGCGGAAGAGAAAGAGUGGAGGAUCUUCUAUAAUUUACGCUGUUACUGGGAGUGUAGCCGGAGUUCUUGCGGUGGUUACAGCCAUUGGCUUCUUGAUCUUCCGGCGGCGGCGGAAAAUGAAGGACUCGGCGACGAGCGUCGCCAAGUCAUCGACGGGGUCAAGCUGGUCCACCGCCAGAACUAGCGGAUCAGCUGCCAUCUCCCUGCCUACCGAUCUCUGCAGAUACUUCUCCUUCGACGACAUCAAAACCGCCACCCGCAACUUCGACCACAACUUCGUCAUCGGAAAGGGAGGCUUCGGCAACGUCUACAAAGGCCUCAUCGACCACGCCACCACCACCGUCGCGAUCAAGAGGCUCAACCCCUCCUCCAGCCAAGGCGCCCGCGAGUUCCUCACCGAGAUCGAGAUGCUCUCCAAGCUUCGCCACCUCCACCUGGUCUCCCUCAUCGGCUACUGCGACGACGACGGCGAGAUGAUCCUCGUCUACGACUACAUGGCCCACGGCUCCCUCCGCGACCACAUCAUCAACAACUCCGAGAAUUCACCAUUAACGUGGAAGCAGCGCCUCCAAAUUUCCAUGGGCGCCGCAAAAGGACUGCACUAUCUCCACAGCGGCACCAAGCACGCCAUCAUCCACCGCGACGUCAAGUCCACCAACAUCCUUCUCGACCACGACUGGGUGGCCAAGAUUUCAGAUUUCGGGCUCUCCAAAAUGGGAAACUCGAACGAUUCCUUCACGCACAUCAGCACCAACGUCAAAGGCACCUUCGGCUACUUGGAUCCCAAAUACCUUUCAACCAAUCAGUUGACCAGAAAAUCCGAUGUGUAUGCAUAUGGAGUGGUUCUCUUCGAACUUCUCUCCGGAAGGCCUGCCGUGGAUGUGAGGCUCGACGAGGAGCAACAUAGCCUGGCCGGAUGGGCUCGAUUUUGUGUGCGUGAAGGGCAAGUGGAUCGACUCAUCGACACAAACCUCGCGGGGCAGAUUUCAGCAGCUUGUUUGAAUGUAUUUGUUGGAAUAGCAGGGAGAUGCAUACACAUUCAGCCACUAGAGAGACCUACCAUGGCAGAUGUGGUGAUGGGCCUCGAAUUAGCGCUCGCGUUACAGCUGACAACAGAGGUGGAAGACAUAACUGAUCACUCUCAACAAGAAUCUGUAGCACCACAAACAAUCAAAGUGAAGGGUGAAUUAGAAGAGACGAAAUUAAAAUAACAAGUAGUUUUUGUCAAUCAUUAGUAACAGAGGAUUGUCAAGUCACAAAUGUAUAUAUGUCAGUGUAGAUUUGUUUUCUC